CGGACCAACAUGGCCGCACUCGGGCGGGGGGCAGCCUUCUUACGAUUUCUCCGGAGCAACACACAGGUACUGUGCAGGUGCGGUAAACCAGCAGGAUGCACCUUGGCAAGAUGGAGAAGCAUGGCUACGUCUGUGGCUGUGGGUGGCAGCCUGUGCGCCGUUCCUUUCACUCAGGCUCCGAGUUUGUCUCAUGAGUCGUUGAUAAGACGAGCAGCCUCACUGGUGACUGACAGUUCCAACACGUUCCUGUCUCAGACCACUUUAGCGCUCAUAGAUGCAAUUACUGAGUAUUCAAAGGCUGUUCACACGCUAGUAGCGCUCCAAAAGCGCUACCUAGCAUCACUGGGGAAACUGAGCCAAGCAGAGGAGGAUUCCAUCUGGCAGGUGAUGGUUGGCCAGAGAGCGGAGAUCAGCGACAGGCAAGAGGAGUGUAAGCGAUUUGAGGCAGUGUGGAUCAACGCCAUCCGUUUGUGUGAAACAGCGGCUGAGGCGGCGUAUACUUCAGGGGCAGAGCACGCAUCCAUCACCAUGCAGACCAACAUUCAGCUUGCCCGGUCCCAGGCAGAGGAGGCACGAAAAUUCUCCAGGGACGCAGACAAGAAGCUGGUAGAGGCCAAAGCCCUGGAGGUCCAAGCAUCAGCCCAGCGGGCCGCCGCUCUAGAGAAAAGCGAUGAAGAUGUGCCUGAAGCUUACCUCAGAGAAGACUGA